CGAUGAUGCUUUCGUAGAAAGCAAAUGUGAAAUUGAAUCGGGGAAAAGUCAUUGUGCUUAGCUCGAAAGGCGUUUUUCUAUAGCAAAACAAAAACAAUCAAGGAUUGUGGGCUCGAGGGGAAUCCUAUGAAGUGAUAAGGAGACAGGCAACCGGUCAUGACCAGCGAUGAAAAGACAGCAACAAAGUCAGUCUUCUCAAAUCAUCCACAGUACUCGGAUCGUUCUUCGCCGGUAGAGAGAAAAAUCGGGAAAAUCCUUAUCAGCAGUAUUGCUUUGUUCCAUCUGUGCCUUGAUGUUUGCUGCCUUCCGAGAAUGUAAUCUAAUCUCCGUAUGGUUCCCGCUCAUGUGCCGAAGCUUAUCAUUCUUCCUGCUGAAUAUAGCCGAUAGUUGCUGGGUCAACCUUUUUGGGAAACAAAACCUGUCAAGUGAGAAAUUGUCGAAUUGGAUAUUGUUAAAAGGUUUGAGGAUACUUAUUGGGACAUAUUGUUCGAUCCCCACCGAAAUCAAGUUCGCUCCUUCAUGCCACGACUUUUUCGAUGUUUAAGACACAACAUUUUGGACUGAUCGUUGCAGGUUGCAAAAAUGUUUUCCAAAGUGCCUUCACGACGAGGUCGUUCGGAAGUACAUCGAAGGCUAAGCUGCGUCGCGUGCUGGUGGUAUCGAAGCUAACCCGGCUGGAGUUUGAAAAAACGCGGGAUCAGGCACUGAGUGAUGAAAGGUUGGAGCAAAAAAUCCGCGAUCGUGGCUCGGACUACGAUGCGAUGAAAUACUAUCACCAUCUGCACAAAGAUGUAGAGGAGGACGUAAUCAAAUCCUUCCAGGAUGAAAGUCUCGAGGUGAGGGUGGUGAAUCGGAUCUCCAUCAAUAAAGAUACUUUGCGAUGGGCGGAUAUGCUGGUACCUAUCGGAGGAGAUGGAACAUUUUUACUUGCCGCUGGCAGAGCAAGUCCGUUCAUGUUGGACGGUGCACGACAGAUACCAGUGGUUGGAUUUAAUUCCGAUCCAAGGCGAUCGGAGGGACGAUUGAUGCUUCCGAAAUACUAUUCUACGAAUGUGAACGAUGCGGUGAAACGCAUCUUGGCGGGAGAGUAUAGGUGGAUGCAUCGUUCUAGAAUCAGAAUUACGUUGAUCGGUUCCACGACUACGGAGCGUCCGCCUCCGAUUGAUCUACACGAAUAUAAUGUGUCGCCGGUUGAACACAGGGAGGUUUUAGGACCAAGAGACACGCAACAUCAGAGCGGAAGCAGAAUUUUGCCGUACUUAGCUCUGAACGAAGUUUUUAUAGGAGAGAUGCUAUCAGCUCGUGUAUCGCAUCUCCAUCUGCGAAUCGAUAAAUCCGACAUAGUUACAAAAACUAAAAGCUCGGGUCUGUGCGUUAGUACCGGAACUGGUUCCACCUCGUGGUUAACCAGCAUGAAUAGGCUGUCAACGAGCAAUGUAAAAGAUCUUAUAGAGAUCAUCAAACGUAGAUCGAACGCGAGCAGUUUGAAUGGAAUAGAUCCGGAAGCGAUUUCGGAGGACUACAAUAAAAAUCUGGUCUUUUCACCGGAUGACCCGCGGCUCUGUUACUCUAUAAGAGAGCAGAUCUGUGUUGGUGUUUGGCCGAACCCGAAGGGGCUGGAAUCGAGAGGAUUCGCCAGACAGAUAACGGUGAAAUCUAAAUGCAUCGAUGCAAGUUUAGUGAUAGAUGGAAGUAUUGCAUACAAUUUCAACGAUGGAGCAAAAGCGUUACUCGAGGUUCAUCCGGAGGAUGCGUUACUGACUAUCGAUAUGAACUGAUACGAAUGGUUUGUUUAUUAUAAGAUCAUUUCAUUAUUUUCUAACGUUACAAUAGACCAAUUUUCAUACUGAUUUUGACUAAGGCGUCGUGCACAAAUUACUUAGAGCGAGAUUGCGUUACUUACUGUGUAUUAGAGAUGGGAGGUAUUCCAAAAUCCGGAUUUUUAACGUUACGUAAUUUGUGCACGACGCCCAAUCAUAAACAUUAGAAUUUUAAAUUAUUGUUGGUACAUGUUCACGCAGGAAUGCAUUUAUUUAUCUUUUAGUGCCGAAUAAACUCAUAAGUUGUAUUUAAA